CGAUCGGUUCGAAUUCAUUCAAUCAACAGAGUCUGCUGCUGGAGGAGUCAAGUGAAGUUUGUCUGGAGGAAUUCUGAUUGAAUUUUGGGAAUUUCCCACAGGUAGCAGUGCCUUAGCAAUGUCCUCGACCAUCGAAAAGAACGAGUACCCGAAGGCUUCAAAUGCUCUGGUGCUCGGCGCAAUUUUAUCCUAUGUCGCGUCGAUUUUCCUCAUGAUGAGCUUUUGUUCGCCGUAUUGGAUCGAGUCGUACGACGAAUCAUUUAGCAGCUUCAAAAACAUGGGAUUGUGGGAGUAUUGUUUCAAAGAUUUCAGCUAUCCGUAUUAUCAAUUCCCGAAGUUGUUCAAUGGAUGCCAUCAUAUUUUCGGUGAUGAAUACUACGUGAUUCGUGAAUACUUGCUUCCUGGAUGGCUGAUGGUGGUGCAGGCCUGCGUGACGAUAUCAUUCCUCUUCACGUUCGGAUCACUGGUGAUAAUGGCCUGUGAAUUGGUGAGAUGGCCGCUGAAGCUAGUGCUGCGCUAUGAGUGGUUGCUGAGUUCGAUCUCGUUCGUGGGAAUCGCUUCUUCCUCUUUCCUGAUGUUUUUAGCCGUUGCGAUCUUCGGGGCGAACGCAUAUCGCCGGGACUGGCUGAUGUAUCCCAAGUUUAAUGUGCUCUCCUGGUCGUAUGCAUUGGCAGUGGUAUCUUUCAUGAUUUUGGGGUUGGCCGCCAUGCUGCUGUACAAGGAAGCUAGAAAAUCGUAUGAACUUCGGCGCGAGGCCAAAAAUUUGGUGAUGCAGAUGCAGAUGCAAGAGCCCGGUUAUCAUCCGUCCCAUCACACCAGCCGAAGUUUGCAUAGCGGAGGUUACAUAUAAAGGAGCAAAAACUAUAAUCCACAAAAUUCAGUAGUUUUUUUAAGUUUUACGCCACGUAUAAUAUACACGUAUUGUAUGCAACGUUAGAUGUGCUUCGACGAUAAAAAAUAUGCCACAAGUAACAAAAUUCCUCCGUAUUGUCGAUUUUUCUAUUGGACUUUUGGAUUUCUAAUUAAGGCGAAGUAUAGUAAACCAGUAAUCUCAAAGGACCAUUAUCAUAAUCAUCAGCAACUGCACAGGGAGCAUAAAACACUACACUAAAUGUGGCCUUAUAAAACACAUACACGUAUACACGCUGGAUAUAUACCGCGAUGUCCACAGGACAUUCUUUCUGUUCGCUCUUGCGUAACUAAAAUAGAAUACGGCUGCAGCCUUCUAUUUUGAUACAGCUAGCUGUAUUCGGCACACGAAAUCAAUUUAUAACAUUAGGGCGUUGGCAGUUUAUAGCCAUUUGUAAGGAUUUUACGACACGUCUGUCCGACGGUGUAAUUAACGUACUUUCUCUGUUUUACGCUAGUUGCGAUAGGUUCAUUUUCUUGUUGAGUAUUAAUCUUGUGCGCUACAGCGCCAAAUUCCGUCCGAUUAUUUUGCUUACUUUAUUUUAUGUGUAUUGACGAAUACAUUUAAUUCAUAAAGAGACAGUUAUUGAUUCCGUUUCAGAUUCCACGUGCGGGUAGAUGUUUUUUUUUUAAUUUUUAAGACGUAACAAAUAAGCUGAAGCAACCGAAAAAGUGUUUCGUUGAGUUUUUUAAUUCUAAUUAUCAAGUUUUUUUAUAAGGAUAUACAGCAUAAGAUAUAUUGUAGGGUGAACUCACACCAAUUUUUGUAUCGAAUCGUACAUAAAACAUUGAAA